AUGGCCGCGAUCUGCAUGACAGGCACUCAGAUCCCGGGCCUGCCGGGGGUGCUGGGCCACUUCAGCGGCCGCUUCGUGUCUGACGAGGAUCGCGUGAUGCUGAACGCCAUCUACUUCUCCUCCUCCUCCCCCAGCGCCGACCGCGUGCGGUGCUCGGCGCCCGUGGCGGGCCUGGGGGAGAAGGCGGGGCUGGUGGUGCCCCCCACCUCCUCCGGAGGCGAGGCGGAGGCGGAGGACGUCUGCAUCCCCCUGCCCACCUGGGGCAUGCGUGCGGGGCCGAGGGAGUCCAUCUACUUUGAGCCGUCGUUGACUCGGGCCGCGAUCGUGACGGUGGGCGGUUUGUGUCCGGGGCUGAAUGACGUGAUCCAGGGGCUGGUCAGGAAGCUGCGGGAUUACGGGGUCCCAGAGGGCAGUACCUUUGGCAUCAGGUACGGGUUCCAGGGUUUCUACUCCAAGAAGCACCGCCCGGUGGUGCUGACAGGGCGCAGCGUGGAAGACAUCCACCUGGAGGGCGGCUCCAUCCUUGGCACAUCCAGCAUUGCGCCCGACUAUCGCAAGAUCGUGAGGAUGAUUGACCUGAUGGGCCUGGACAUGCUGUUUGUCAUCGGCGGCGCCGGUGGCCACAUGGGCGCCACCCAGCUCGAGGCCCUGCUGACUCAGCACGGCGUGCGCUGCGUGGUGGUGGGGGUGCCCAAGAGCAUCGACAACAGCAUCCUGCUGGUGGACAGGUGCUUUGGCUUCGAGACCGCGGUGAAUGAGGCCCAGCGCGCCCUGUUUGCCGCCAAGGUGGAGGCGCUCUCCACCUGGCAUGGCAUCGCGGUGGUGAAGCUCAUGGGCCACGCCUCGGGCUUCAUAGCGCUGGAGGCUUCCAUGGCCUCCGGCAUCGUCGACGCGUGCCUCAUCCCCGAGAUCCGGUUCCUGCUGGACGGCGAGGCUGGGCUGUCCACCUACCUGGACCGCCUGCUGCAGCGGCAGGGCUCCGCGGUGGUGUGCGUAGCGGAGGGAGCGGGCCAGCACUUCUUCGACACCCCCCACCGUGACCGCGCCGCCGACCGCGACGUGGGCCCCUGGCUUGCGGCGGCUCUCAAGGAGCGGCACCCGGGCGCCUACGUCAAGUACAUCGACCCCUCCUACCUCGUGCGCAGCGUGCCCACCGUCUCCAGCGACCGCACCUACUGCAAGGUGCUGGCGCACAACGCGGUGCACGCCGCCUUUGCCGGCUUCACGGGGACCACGGUGGGCCUGGUGAACACACACUACGUCCUGCUGCCCAUCCCCUUUGUCACCCAGGCGCCGCGGCGAGUGGACCCGCAGGGCAACCAGUGGAACCGGCUGCGUGCCGCCAACGGGCAGCCCAACUUCACUUGA